AUGCAAAAAAAGAACCCUACUUCAAGGAAUAAAUCAAAGAAGGAAAAUAAUUCAAAGAGCUUACAAGAAGAAAACUCUUCACUAGAAGAAACAACAGAAAACAAAAAACCAAAAAGUAAAUUAAAACAACGACUACAAGGAUUAAAACAACGAUUUAUUCGGCGUUGUUGUUGUUGUCAUUGUUAUUCGAAAAUGAUUCAAACUGGAAAGAGCAGCGAUGAGGAAUGUGGGGAAGCUGAACAACGAAUGCAGAGGAAUACUUUUACCCGUUGGGUUAAUCACCAUUUGGAAGCGCAUUCCUCCUCCAGUCAAACACAAAAUUUAAUUGAAGAUAUGAAAGACGGAAUUCUUUUGUGUCAUUUAUUGGAAGUUUUGACUGGGGAUGUUUUACCUGUUACUACUUCAAGUGGUGGGAAUGAGGAGAGUAGUAAUAAUGUUGUUGUUAAUAAAAGUUCAUCUAGCAAUCUCAAAACAAUAAAAACACUCAAAAGAGCUUACAAAUUAAACAAUUUAAAUACAGCAUUAAAAUGUUUGAGAGCAAAAGGAAUUAAAUUAAUAAAUAAUAACGUUGUUGAUUUGGCUGAUGGAAAUCCGAGAAUUUGGUUGGGGCUGAUUUGGCAAUUAAUUUUACAUUUUCAAGUAGAGACAGGCCUUUCUAUGGUUAGGCGUUCUGCUUGGCAUCAAAUUCAUAGUAAUCAACAACCUAAUGGAGGUGAAGGAACAUCAACCGGCAUUACAACAACAGAUUAUAAUCAUCAACACCCUUCUACCUCUAAAUUACCCCCAAAGAAAAGUGUAGAACAAUCAUUGUUGGAUUGGUUGAAUAGAGAGGCUAUUAGACCUAGGCAAUUAGGACUUCCUUCUGGAGCAAUUGUUGAUUUAGAUUUAAGUUGGAAGGAUGGAAGAUUAUUACUUGCUCUUUUACACAGAUUUGUCCCAGCUCUAGUUAAUCGAGAAGAAAUUUUGGAAGGGGGUGAUGAGCCUGAAGAAGCACGACAACGUGCUCAAAAGGCUAUACAAUUGGCAAGGCUUCAUUUGGGGAUUAGUCCAUUUUUGGAUCCAACAGAGCUUUGUGCACCAGGUCGUCUUCCUUGUCGUCGUUCUGUAAUAACAUACAUUUCUCAAUUUUUGUGUCUUUACCGACCACCACAAUUUAACAAAAAUGUAAAAUUGGAAGAAAAUUUGACUGUUAAAAAUAUUCAAAAAUUAACAACAAAAAAUGAAAAUAAACAACAAAUUUUAAAAUGUUAUAAAAAUUUAUUUGAAUGGUUGAGGAGAACAGUUGAAGAAGGAGGGCAUUUAAAAUUGAGUGAAAGGCAAAGGCCAACAGUUGGACAAUUUAAGUUAUUUCGUCGUUUAAUUAAAAAAGAAGAAUGGCUUGAAAGGCGUAGAGUGUUAACCGAAAAUGUUUUUCCUGCAUUAAAAGAAGUUGUUGAAAAAGAGGAUUUGGAUAUUUUUAAAGGGCAAUUGGACAAUAUAGAGUCAAUCGUUUCUUCGUGGGAAUCAAAAAUCCAAUCAUUACUUUCUAAACUUGGAGAAGAAAUGAAAGAGUUAGAACAAUGGAUGUUGGAAGGGGAGAGGUUAUUAGCUUCCAGUUUGCCUUUGACAGAAGACAAAUUAUUACAAAUUGAAGAUAGAGGGUUGGAAGAAGUGCUUGAAAAUUUGGAAUUUACAAUUAGACGAUUUGAGGAACAUUUUAAAGAAUUACCAAAUAAAAGAUUAGAAUUAGCAUUAAAAUUGGAACAACAUAAAGACCAACAAACUUCUUCUUUAACAACCUCCCCAGAGGAUUUUUUACUUUUACCCGAACAUUCAUUAGAAGAUUUAAAAGAAAGAAUUGAAUUUUCAACUUUAUUGGAAAGAAGGAUAUUUAAAGAAAUUUUAUUUAUUCAGUCACGUUUAAGAAUAAUUAAAGCUUCAAGUAAAUUAAAAGCAAGUUUGGCUGUUUGGGGAAUGAGAACUGGGAGUUUGGAAGAAACUAAGGAAACAUUGGAGGAAUAUAAGAUAAUGGCUUCUGAAUGUAAACCUAUCCAUCAAAUGGAACACCUUCUAAAUGCUUUAAAAAUAUCAAGAGACGAUUGUAUUUCCUCUGGAGAAGUUCAUCAUGAAAAUAUUUUGGAAUCUACAAGUUUAUUGAAUUCUUCCCAAAAAGAAUUAAUAACAAAACAAAUAGAAAAACAAAUAAACGAAGAAUUGGGUCAAUUUAUUCGUUGUGAAUUUAUUUUAAUUGAUUUAAUACAAUUAUGGAGUGAAUUUGAAGAAGAAAAAAAUUUAUUUAUAAAUUUAUUUAUUAUUGAAGAAGAAGAAGAAAAUUUGAAAGAAAAAGAAGAAGUAAUUAUUAGAAAAAUGGAAGUUUUGGCUGAGGAAAUGGAUGAAACUGGAAAUGAAUGGAUUAAAAAUGCUGGGGAACCUGUUAGAAGACAAAUUGUUGAGCUUUGUGAUCAACUAAUAACUGCUAGAACAACAAAAAUUAUUUUACAAGAAGAAGAAUUGAAAAAAUCGUUGUUUUUUGAUCAAGAGAAAAAACAACAAAUAAUAAAUGGAAAUAUUAAAAUUGAGGAAGAAAAAGAGCAACAAAUAUCUCUAAAUGAACGUAAAUGGUUGAAUAAUUUGGAAGCUUUUGGAAAAUGGCUAAAUAUAGUAAGUAGAAAAAAAUUUCUUUUUAAAAGAUUUGUGGACAGAUUGAGAAUUUGA